UAGUUAACGUCACUCACUACAUUGGUUAUUUCGAAUAAAUUUUUAGUUUUUAAGUUUUAUUUAAACAUCUCAAUAGAUGUAGGAUUUCUAUUUCAAAAUAAAAUUAAAUUAGUUGAUUAAAUCAAUACAUUUGUUCCGAUCGUUUGCAUCAACGGACAUUAAUUACAAUUAAGAUUUCAUCAUGUUGUGGAAAAAAGAAUCAACGGAAGAGCAUGCAUUUUACGAGGAUAUAAUUGCAAAUAACGGCGGCGCUGACGCAUUGAAAAUGACUUUUACCCAUGUUAGAUAUGAAGAACAGGUUAAAUCUAACAAAGACGAUAAAUUGUCAUUGGAUAAACGAAAAAUGGGAAACAAAUUCUUUAAACAAGAAAAAUGGGCCGACGCAAUGGAAAUGUAUAAUGCAAGUUUACGCUAUGCUGAAAAUGGUUCGGAAAAUAUCAGCCUUGCCUAUGCCAAUCGAUCGAAUUGCUUUUUAAAGUUAAAGCGUUACAAUGAAUGUCUCGUGGACAUUCAAUUGGCAAAAGAAGCCCGCUAUCCCCCGGAGUCAAUAGAAAAACUCAAUCGACGAGAGGAAGAAUGUUUGAAGCAUAUUACUGACGGAGCUGAAUCGACAAAAUAUGAAGCAAUUCUCGAUUUCGAGCCGGACGAGAAGUUUCCGUGCAUGGCCAAUGUUCUUGAAAUCAAAAAUGAUUCCGAUGGUGAUUUGAGGCUCUUUGCAAAAGACAAAAUCGAUGUUGGUCAAACGAUCGUAGUGGAAAAGGCGCUAAUAAAUUACAUAUAUUCACGAUAUAGUUGGCGAUGUGAUGUUUGUUUGAAGGAAUAUGCCAAUUUUGUACCGUGCGAUAAAUGUGUUUUCGCAAUGUUUUGUGACGAUUGUCGCAAUAAUCAGCUGCAUCAAUACGAAUGCGGUGUAAGGUUUAGUUGGAACGUUAAUUCGGAGGCUAUUAGUAUCAAUGGAACGAUAAUGUCUAUCGUUCGUAGCUGUUUAUGGGCAAUUGAUCUAUUUGCGAGCGUCGAUGAAUUGAUGGUUUUCGUGGAGCGGGUUAUCACAAGCGAUCCGAAACGAAUACCAAACUCAUUAUCGGAUGCGAAAUCACAAUAUGAAGCUUUCCUAAAGUUACCGAGAUUAAGGACGAAUAUUAAUAUUCCUUGCAUCCUAUAUGAAUGCAAUCGAAUGCUUAUGAAUAUUCCGAAGAUCGAGCACACAUUUAAUUCGGUCAAGCACCAUCGUUUUUUGAUGCAUUUAAUAGGUCAUCAUGCUUUCAUUUUGAAAUCACAUUCAAUACCAACAAUUCCAGAUACAGAUUGUCAUCGCUCUGAACAAGGUUUGCCAACAACAGUAUGCUGUACUCAAACUGGGCUAAUGAGACAAUAUAUAAAUGUAUCCUGUUAUCCAAAUGUCAUGGAACAUAGCCACGAUGGACAGGCGGUCGUCAUUGCGAUUCGACCCAUCUUAAAAGGACAACAAUUGUUUAACACGAGUUUAUUCGGCCAUCUAUUUGAUUCGAAAGAGAGGCGACAUGAAAUUUUACGGGAUAGAUAUGAAAUAACUUGCAAAUGUGAACGAUGUGAAGGACACUUAGCAUCAGAUGAACAGCGCAAACGAAUAACUAGUGAUCCAAAUUUCCGGUAUUUGAAAAGAGUCAAGUUGAAUAUAAAGGAAAUCUGUGCUGAUAAAAAGAGGCAGCAGACAUUGGACGACAAAUACAAAAGCUGUUUACGAAAAUUUGGUCAAAUGCCGUGGUGUGAUCUAGUAGGAAAAUUAUUAGUUGAAUACAUGAUACUAAAAAUGGCUACGAUGCGCAGUGCCGUAAGCACAGAAACCGCACAUCAAACGGAUUGAACGCUUCGAAGUUCGAAUAUUGUCUACCAAUUGUACAAACACUAGAAAUAAGAUUAAUCUCUAUUUGUUCAUGUUUAACGUAUCAACAAUGAAUAUAAUAUUUGCCAAGUUUUAUUUUAAAUUAAAGAAUUCGUCUGAUCAAUCAA